GCGGCAGGAGAGGGCUGGCGCCUGCGCCCUCGGUCGUUGGUGGGAGCCGCUGCUAUGGCGCCCACGAUCCAGACUCAGGCGCAGCGGGAGGAGCCGGGCCACAGGCCCAACUCGCACCGGACGCUCCCCGAGAGGUCCGGGGUGGUUUGCCGCGUCAAGUACUGCAACAGCCUCCCCGACAUCCCCUUCGACCCCAAGUUCAUCACCUACCCCUUCGACCAGAACAGGUUCGUCCAGUACAAGGCCACCUCGCUCGAGAAGCAGCACAAGCACGACUUGCUGACGGAACCCGACUUGGGAGUCACCAUAGAUCUGAUAAACCCGGAUACGUAUCGCAUUGACCCCAAUGUUCUUCUAGAUCCCGCGGAUGAGAAACUGCUGGAGGAGGAGAUCCAGGCACCCACCAGUUCCAAGAGGUCACAGCAGCACGCCAAAGUUGUGCCAUGGAUGCGGAAGACCGAAUACAUCUCCACCGAGUUCAACCGCUACGGUGUCUCCAAUGAGAAGCCAGAGAUUUCUCAGCACUACAGCAAACCCCGCGUUACCCCAAUGGAAGUCAUGCCGGUCUUUCCUGACUUCAAGAUGUGGAUCAACCCCUGUGCUCAGGUCAUUUUUGACUCUGAUCCAGCGCCCAAGGACACCAGCGGGGCAGCAGCUCUGGAUAUGAUGUCACAAGCCAUGAUUAGGGGCAUGAUGGACGAAGAGGGCAACCAGUUCGUGGCCUAUUUCCUCCCCGUGGACGACACGAUGCGGAAGCGGAAGCGGGACCAAGAAGAGGAGAUGGAUUACGCACCCGAGGAAGUGUACGAGUAUAAAAUUGCCCGGGAAUACAACUGGAACGUUAAGAACAAAGCCAGCAAGGGCUACGAGGAGAAUUAUUUCUUCAUCUUCCGGGAAGGCGACGGGGUCUAUUACAACGAACUGGAAACCAGAGUGCGGCUCAGCAAGCGGCGAGCCAAGGCCGGCGUCCAGUCAGGCACCAACGCGGUGCUGGUGGUGAAACACAGGGACAUGAACGAGAAGGAGCUGGAGGCACAGGAAGCCCGCAAAGCGCAGCUGGAGAACCACGAACCCGAGGAGGAGGAAGAGGAGGAGAUGGACUUGGGCAAGGAGGCCCAAGGCUCAGACGAAGAGCCGGAGAAAGGCAGUGAGAGCGAGAAGGAGGCCAGCGAAGCCGAGGAGGAGGAGGAGGAGGAGGAGGAAGAAGAGGAGGAGGAAGAGGAGGAGGAGGAGGAGGAAGUCCGCUCCCCCAGCGAGGGCGUCCCGGCCGAGGAGAGCGAGGAGGACGAGCGGGCUGCGCGAGACAAAGAGGAGAUCUUCGGCAGCGACGACGAUGAGGAAGACUCUGAGCCGGAGGGCGACCGGCCGGAGGCGGACGAGGAGAGCGGCAGCGAGGAGGAGGAGGAGGAGGAGGAAGACCGGGGCAGCCGGCAGCAGCAGCAGCAGCAGCAGCACCGGGGCAGCCACAGCCCCUUCUUCAGCGGCAGCGACCACUCCAACCAAGAGGAAGAGGAGGAGGAGGAGGAGGAAGGGGAGGCCAGUCCCAGCGACGCCCCUUCGGAGUCGAGCAGCGAGAGCAGCGACAGUGACUGAGCAGCCACGGAGGCCGUCGGGUGGGCCUGGGACUGUCGGAAGAGGCGGGGGGGGCCUUGGUUCGCCCGGCCCCUUUGGGUGCCAGCUCUGCCCUCCCCGGCCACAGGGGGCUCUGGGCUGGGCAGUUGCCCUUCUGGGGGAACCGCGCGCUUCAGCCCUGGGCGUCCCCUGCUGUACAUAGAAGCCUUUUCUGUUGCAAUAAAAUGUGUGGUGUCUUCGA